AUGGGAAUGUUGCACAAUUUUACUUUUAACUCGAAUACUCAAUAUAAGAAGAGAAUGGAGCGAUCGGGGAGUAGAAAGAAAAAGCGACAGGGCAGUGUGAAAAAGAGAUUGUCUUCAACACCUCCAAAGAUAGUUGUCAGUGAGGACAAAAAUGAACAUAAAACUACACAACCAAGAUCAAAGACACUAGUACAAUAUAACAGUGCCGGUGUAAUGACAUCGGAAUCAAUGAAAGUUGAAUACAAAAUCUCAAGUGAUGUAAUAGAAAGUUUAGAUCGGAUAAUUGGCACGGAUAAACAAACAAAAACUACAAUAGUUAGGAAAGCUGACACAAGGAAGAAUGAUGAUACCAAACUAUUUCCCAAAUUAGCUCAAAACAAUGAAGUAGCCAUAACACAAACACUAGAUGUACCAUAUUAUGGGGAACCUAGAAGGCCAAGAUCAAGGUCAUUAUGUAUGGCUGAUAUAAUUCCAAAAUCUAUUGAAAUUCAAGUUCCUAAAAUAAUGCAACCUCGAUCCAGAUCUAUGGAGCCAUCCAAGAGGAUGCUGCCCUCCUUAGCUAAUGACUUUGGUAAUAUAGAGAACGAACCCAAUUCAGAUACAAAUACAACAGAUCAAAGUAAACAAAAAAUGGUCACGGAAAGAAGCAGGAGUGCACUUCUCAAUAGAGUGCAAUCUCCAAGACACAGGUCCUUGUCCCCUCUGCCUCAUAAACCCAAAAUAGCAUUUGAAAAUAGCAGACUCGAGACAACAUCAACCGUCCGAUCAUCUAGUUUUUCAGAUGUUACAUCAAUCUCCCAAAUAGAGAUCAAUCCCCAAGAGAGACUCCAUACAAAUAAAGUGAUUCUCCCUAUGGAUGAACACUUUGAGGAGAGUAUGUACACAUUAAGACAGCUUUCAAUAAGACCCCAUAGUGCAAGUAUGGGAAGCUUAGCUACUCCAGUUCCAUCUACAACAUUCAAUGGAUAUGAAAUGACAAUGAGCCAAGAUGAUAUACAAGGAUAUUAUAGGCGUUUCAGUUAUGAAGACCAUAACAGCUACAAUAGCAUUACCACAUCAGAAAGUGACCCGCUUUAUUACAGUUCAAGUGAAUCUAUAAAUGGGAAAGAUGACUCUACCAGUACACGCAGAAGCAGUGUGGCAAACUCAACAGUAGCAAGUAGACUACAUGCAGUCAAAAACCCCAAGCCUGUGGACCAUCUAGAACUACUAGGAGAUGACCACUUGCAUAAUAAAUCAGCCAGCCUCAUUGACAUACACAAAUUACAAGAGAAAAACAACAAUAAUGAUAGGCAUGAGACUACUGGUAGUAUUAAAGCAAGUUCUCUGCAUGCCUUCUAUCAUUCCUUUGAAAAUCAUCAGCAGCCCAUGAUUCACAAACUGGUGCCCCCAAAUGCUUUAAAGUCAACAUUCCAGAGGCCGUGUGGGUGCUGUGGAAAUACUAGUUGCAACAAACAAUAAUCAUUGAACAUUAGAAUAGGGGCAUUGCCAAGAUCUAAACAUAGGGAAGGCAAAGAAAUGUUAAUAAAGAUAUUGAACAUAUAAUAUAAAAUUUAGAUGUGGCAUUUGCCUCAUCUGCCCCAUGUUUUGAAAGAUACAGUAUGAAAAUUAGUUAAUAUAUAAAAAACAAAAAACAACUGAAAUUACAGUUUGACAGUUUAAAAUAGCAAACCAUCUUUACAAGUCAUUCAACAAGU